AUGGCUUCCCUAUCCCUCCUCUCCCGUCCUCCUCUCUCCUCCUCCCUUCUCCGCCACCACAACAAUGCCGCAAUCGCCACCUCCACCCGCCUUGUCACCUUCAAUUCCCCUCGAUAUCUCUCCAUCAAAGCCUUCUCUGCCCCAACCCCUGUCCAACCACUAACCCAAGACGAUCUCAAAAAACUCGCGGCGGACAAGGCGGUAGAAUACGUCAGCUCCGGGAUGGUUCUCGGACUCGGCACCGGUUCCACCGCCGCCUUUGUGGUAUCCAAAAUCGGUGAACUCCUCGCAUCCGGCGAACUCAAAGACAUUGUCGGCGUACCCACAUCAAAAAGAACUCAAGAACAAGCCGCUUCCCUCGGGAUCCCCUUAUCGAUCCUCGACGAUCAUCCCAAACUUGACCUCGCAAUCGACGGCGCAGAUGAAGUUGACCCUGAUCUCAAUCUAGUCAAAGGCCGAGGCGGCGCCCUCCUCCGUGAAAAAAUGGUGGAAGCCGCAUCCGACAAAUUCGUGGUGGUUGUCGACGAUUCGAAGCUUGUUUCUGGAUUAGGUGGAAGUGGAUUAGCAAUGCCUGUUGAAGUGGUGCAGUUUUGUUGGAAGUAUAAUCUGGUUCGUCUGCAAGAUUUGUUCAAAUCGGAAGGGUGUGAUGCGAAAUUGAGAUUAGAUGGAGAUGGAAAGCCAUAUGUUACUGAUAAUAUGAAUUACAUUGUGGAUUUGUAUUUCAAGACUCCGAUUAAGGAUGCAUGGGCUGCUGGAAAGGAGAUAUCGGCUUUUGAAGGGGUGGUGGAACAUGGGUUGUUUCUGGAUAUGACCACCGCUGUGAUCAUCGCCGGAAAAGAUGGAGUUAGUGUGAAGAGCAAGUGA